GGAGGAGCCUCGGGGAUGUCAGAGGGGAGGCCGCUUCCGCUGGGGAGAGGACCGCGCGUGCGGGGGCCGGCCGUUGCCAGGGCAACCGCAUCUAGCAGCGGCAGCUGCCGGGCUGGAGGAUGAGCGGGGUGCCGGCCGAGGUGGAGGAGCCGGUGGCGCGGCGCUACGAGAUCAAGCGGCGGCUGGGCAAGGGGGCCUACGGGAUCGUGUGGAAGGCGACGGAGCGCCGGACAGGGGACAGCGUGGCGGUUAAGAAGAUCUUCGACGCCUUCCGCAACCGGACCGACGCCCAGAGGACCUUCCGGGAGAUCCUGUUCCUCCAGGAAUUUGGAGGGCAUCCGAACAUCAUUCAGCUCCUGAAUGUCAUCCGGGCUCAGAAUGACAAGGACAUUUAUCUGGUUUUCGAAUCCAUGGAGACAGACUUGCAUGCAGUGAUCAAGAAGGGAAAUUUACUGAAAGAUAUUCAUAAGUGCUACAUCCUGUACCAGCUCUUGAAAGCCACCAAAUUUAUCCACUCGGGAAAUGUUAUUCACAGGGACCAGAAGCCUUCCAACAUCUUGCUGGACAGGGACUGCUUUGUGAAGUUGUGUGAUUUUGGACUGGCUCGUUCCCUGGGCCAGAUUGAAAAAGAUGAAGGCAACCCUGCACUUACUGAGUAUGUUGCUACUCGCUGGUACCGAGCCCCUGAGAUCCUGCUUGCAUCAAAAUGUUAUACCAAGGGGGUGGACAUGUGGAGCAUCGGCUGCAUCUUGGGAGAGAUGCUCCUGGGGAAGCCUCUGUUCCCAGGAACGUCCACCGUCAACCAGAUAGAGCAGAUCCUGCGUGUUAUUCCUCCCCCCAGCCCAGAAGAUUUGGAGGCCUUUCAUUCUGACUACCGAGCCUCAGUUAUCAACCAUGUGAGCUGCCAGCCCCAGCUGUCCCUGGAGGAGCUCAUGCCUGCCUCCACCCCUGCCCAGGCCCUGGAUCUUCUGAAACGGCUCUUGGUAUUUAACCCCGAGAAGCGGCUAACGGCAGAGGAGGCGCUGGAGCACCCCUAUGUGCAGAGGUUCCACUGUGCUGCCAAAGAGCCUGCUCUCGACUACAGUGUGACCCUCCCUCUGGCUGAUGAUGUGCAGCUCUCCGUGGCUGAGUAUCGCAAUCGAGUUUAUGAGUUAAUCUUGGAAUGGAAGGCCAGUAGUCAAGCUCAGAAGCAGCUCCUUCAGGGAGUUCCUCUUCCGUCUGGUUCCACAGAUGCCAGUUCCCCUCUCAGAGCCCACUGUCCGAUGAAGGGAGGGACACAGCCUCUUCCAUCCUAUGGGUCUCCUCCACCUCUUGUGGCAGCUUCCCAGCGGAGAGCAAAUGAGUCAAGGAACCCUUGCCCAAAGCCAAAGUUCAGCUCCACAAUCUGCAGUCCUACUGUUAAUGCAGCUGCCCAAAAUUUCCUGCCUGCUGGCAACGUGGCGAUGGGUCCGCCUCCCUCCCGCCUUCGGCAGUAUCGGAGAGCAGCGGACACCUCCGCUAUUUGGGACGUGCCGAAGGGGCCGGGGGCAAAAAGCCAGGCUGCGUCCCCCUUCAAGCCUCUUUCGUUACUCAGCCAGGCUCAGGAAGCAGCCCUCAACCAGCAUCUGAUGAGGAAGGGAGGCGUUCCCAGCAGGGCUGCCACAGGGCUGAAUCCACAGAACCCUGAAUCCCGUGGCAGGGAAGCUCAUUUCUUUCUGAAGCCAUGCAAGAAAAUGUUCCAGGUUACAGCAAACGUCGGAAUAGCUGGUGACCCCAAGGCCCACCUGGGCAGCUACUCCCAGUCCUAUGGGACCAUCUGCAAGUCUGCCCUCCAGAAUCUGCCUGUUUCUCACCCAGUGCUUGCCCUCAGCCCCCAGCAGCUCUGAACGUGGCCUCUGGUCACCUGCAGUAGGGAGGGAGGCAGGCAGGCAUGCCUCCUCCUCCUCCUGGCUCCCUAGGGCAGGCAGAGGGUGCCACUCAGUCGCAUCUGUUUUGAGCCGUCAUGACCCAAAAUUACUGGGAUCCACCAAGAGAGAAGGAAGCCUUGGGUAACGUGAGCCAUUGCCUGGUUCUAGCCAAGUUACCGGUUUUUUUAAACACCGCAGCUAGCCAGCCUGUGUGUUGAUCUCACAAUCAAAGCAAGCCUCCCUCUCUCCGAAAAAGCUUCUGAGAUAAAAGCCUUUACAUGAAUUAAAAUCGGCAGUGCCUAUUUUUUAUUUAGCGUAGGCUGGGUUUUGAACCCCAGGCACUGGGUGGGUCUUAACCAAUGGUGAAAUCCAAUUUUUUUUACUACCAGUUCUGUGGGUGUGGCUUGGUGGACAUGGCUUGGUGGGCGUGGCAGGGGAAGGAUAUUGCAAAACCUCCAUUCCCAUCCCAGAGGUGGUAUCUGCCGGUUCUCUGAACUGCUCAAAAUUUCCACUACCAGUUCUCCAGAACCUGUGAGAACCUGCUGGAUUUCACCCCUGGUCUUGACCACGGAGCUAGUUCCCAGCUGGAGUCCCUGCCCAGCUGCGGAUCAUCUGCUGUCUGCUUCCCAGGACCUUUUCUGAAGAGCUCUGCUGUGUUUUCUCCCAUCUGAUCCUGCAGGAGCCCCAGGCCCAUGGGAGGCUGGGAGAGGGAUCUCAGAACAUGUGGGGGGGGGGGCAUUUAGCCAGGGAUGUCUUUAUGAGUCCCCUUCCUCAAUAAUGCCAUUGUUGCCCCCUACUGGCACCUGCAUGGGAAUCAACCCCAGGCAUGAUGGAGAGAAGCGGCCUAGAGAUCCCUACAGCGGGAAGGGGUCAUGUAGGCUGAAGACCAGUGCUAUCUUCUGUCUGGGAAUGGGUGGAGGCCAUUUAAACCCAUACAGCACAGCGAAGGCAGUCCUCUCUCUGGGUCAUUGGCUCCAGUGCUCAGUUGCUAAAGUCACAUUUCAUAAUGGCUGUCUUGCUGUGGAUAAAUGGCCUUGGGGGCUCUUUUUAUAUCCAAAGAUCACUCAGAAAUCAUUUUAUGGCAGGAUAGACCACUGUCCAGACCUCUGCUCUCCAGCAGUGCAUGGCCCUGGCUUUCCUGUCACCUGUGCAGCCAGCCGGAAACAGGGUCCUUUCAGCUGAGAGGCCACAGCGCACUCCAUUGGGGCGGGCGGGGGGGGGGGGGGUGCUGUGGUUCUGGCAAGGAGGAGAAAGGAUCCCAGAUGGUCCCGGCCUAGGAGAGCUGGAAAUCAGGUGGCCAAGGGGGAGAAGAAGUGUCAAGGAACAAACUACCUUACCUUCCUACAAACUGGACGUGUUUAGUCUAAAGAAGCAAAGACCACAGACGCUCUUCCAAUACUUGGACAUCAGGGAAGUUGCUCCUGAGGGCGGGAGGAGGCUUACAGAGGGAGAUCCAAGCACAAAAUGAGGAAUUUCUGGCCCAGCUUCCUGAAGAUCGGAAUGGGACAACUUGCAGGUGUCUCACCUCUGCCGACUCACCAUGGAACAAUUCAAUGCAGGUUUAACACAAGAGAGGGAUAAGUGAAUGGUGCACACCAUGCUCUAGCUCACCCCAAACUUGAGGGUUUCUAACUUGAGAAGUAAUAGUAAUAGACUUAUAUACCACUUCACAGUUCUUUACAGUCCACUCUAAGUGGUUUACAGAGUCAGCCUCUUGCCCCCAACAAUUUGGGUCCUGUCACCAACCACGGAAGGAUAGAAAGCUAAGUCAACCUUGAGCUGGUCAAAAUCAAGCCUCUGGCAAUGGGUUCAGCCUGCAAUACGGCAUUCUUGCCACUGUACCAACAGGCCUCACAGUGGUGAGAAGAUUCAAAGCUAAAGUGAGACGAGGCACGCUGCAAUUCAUUGUCCCUCUUGAGUUAUCCAGCAUUGAAUUGUGCCAUGGUGAGUUGUCCUAAACCCUCUGGAAAUGACGGAGGUGCUCUAAGAACGGGCUCUUGGAAACCUGGUGGUCCAUUUCUAUAAUAUGCGCUUGC